AGUUGGAACGUCAGACCACCCAACUUCAUGCUUGAUGACUUCAAUUUGACUUACCCAUUUACUGGAUUCGUUUAUUUCGGGUCUAAAAUAGGGGAAAUCUACCUGUUCUGCCAACCUUUGGGACUGCAAGGCUUCUACCAAUUCUACUACCAGCGACUGGGUGGGGUCUUCGUCUGUUGA